AUGGGACCUUCUGGUUCAGACCAAAACACAGGUCGUGCAACUAAACCUGAUGUGGGCGGUCUAGAUAAAGACAUAAGCAUUAGAGAUCAAGGAGACGGAAAAAAUGCAACUAAUGAAGCCAAGCCUAUAGAGGUUCCUAAGCCAGGAGCUGGCUCUGCUCAAGCGGCCACGGCUGGUUUAUCACAGGGAAUGGGACUAACUGUAGCUCAAGAAAUGACUGAUAAUCCCAAGCAGGGUGAUACUUCUUCGACACAACAACUACCAAAGUCUAUGAAAGUUCAUGAACCAAUAAAAUCUACUGGCCAAGGCGCAGUAUUAGGCCCCGGAGCAGUAAAGGAUGGUGUUGCGAAAUCUCGUGCCGAAGUAACUUUACCUGGCGACCAAUCAAAGGAUGUCAGAGGAGUAGGGUUAUCAGGCCAGCGGAAAAGGUCCUCCACGACGGAAGACACUAGAGAAGCCAAAUUGGGAAAUAAAAUUUUUAAAAAUAAAGGGGACAAGAGUUUAACAAGUGACUCGGCGUCUAGCGGUCGGAUAAGCCAUGGCAGUAGUGUGCUUAUAAAAAUUGGAAUAAGUAACAAAAUGGGAAAACGGAUUUCAUCACGAUGCAGAGAUGGUGGCCAAUUUGAUGAUUUUGUGAGGCACACUGUACAAUCAUUGUCAGCAGGUGAUAUUGAUGGUUGCGCACUUGAAAGGGAAUUGCGUAAAAUUCUAGACAUGUUUAUUGAUGAGUGUGGCUUUUGCUUUUGCAAGUGUAAUGUUCCCAAAAGCCGAUUCUAUGCAAUCUGCCAUAAGCUUUACCAUAAUGGGCUACACACACUAGAUUUCAGAGAGCUGGCCUACAUGCAUAGGCGGAUAUAUGCUGCAGCGGAAAAUAUCUUACCGGGCUGCUUGUUUAAUAUGAUAGUCAAGGAAAUGACUAGUUUUAGUUGUACGUCCACCGAAAACAGACAGUACCAUUCAAGCCCAUUAAAUACCCAAAGUUUACAAAAAUGCUGUAGUUGUAAAACCACAUUUUGUUCCAAUACCAAUGAAGAAAAAUUGUUGCACAAGGUUAUACGUCUGGAAAGUGAUAUUGAGAGCGCAAAGACGUGUCUUAAAAAUCUAAAAAGUAUUCCAUCUCAUCUCUCUAUUCCGAGAUGUAGCUUCAAUUUAGAAGAUUUUUCAGCUAAAUAAAAACUUGAGGAACAUGGGAACAGCAGUAAAAAAAAUUAAUAUAUAUUGUGUAAAUUUCGAAUCCUAGUCUUUAAAUCGUUUCCAUUCCUGUUUUAUACAUAACUCAAGGUGUAAUAUAUGUGUUUUAUUUUAUCUCUUUUUCAUAAGUUGUCCGCAGUGCGUU